AAGGUCCAAGGAGGGAGAGGGGUGCAAAUGCAAUACCACAUUUAAACCCAUUGCGUUGAAUGCCAACGCUAACUAUACCAAUUUAUUUCUUCUUCCUCUUCUCUCUCUGCAUCUCCAUCUCACCAAAUACAUACAUGGACAACCGACACCACCACCGUGAAUUCACCUUCUUAAGCUCCGCCCACUUCCUCGAUCACAUAGAUCCUCCUUCUAUCAAAGAAAUGGAUUUCUUCUCAACUUCAUCGCCUCGUGAUCAUAAAAAUAACACUAGUAGCCGUGAUACCAAUGAUGAUCACUAUCAGAAUCGUGAUGAUCAACAUGACACUCAUGAUCGCCAUGGAUCACCAACACGCGUCAUUGAUCACCGUGUAAACACUGGACUCAAUUUAACUUGUGCAAGCGCUGGAGUGACAAAAGCUGAAAAUGGUGAAAAUCCUGAAACUGAGUUGAGUUCUCUUGAAAGUGAAUUGCUGAGACUACAAGAAGAGAAUAACAAGUUAAGAAAUGUGCUGGACCAUAUUACCAAAAGCUAUACCCAACUACAGGCUCAGUUGUUCAUCGCCUUGCAAAACCUUCCUCAGAAUAUGGAAACAAAAAUUGUGGACCCAGGAACAAGCAGAAAGUUAGACGUGGUCAAUGAUGCAUCGGUUUCGGAUGAAAAGACUGAUCAAGAUGUAUCGGUUUCUCGUUCAAACAACGCGGAGGUAAUGUCAAAGACACAUGAUCAUGAUGACCCUCAAUUGACUAAACUAUUGAAUCUUGGAAAGCAGGCUUGUCCUGAUGCUGCAGAAGAUGUUCUUGACCGGUCCUCUUCACAGAGCUGGGGCUCAUCCAAGUUAGAAGAACAACCCAAAACUACUGCAGAACAACUUGCUGCAGAUCAGAUUCCUCUCAGAAAAGCCAGGGUUUCCGUACGUGCUAGAUCAGAAGCUCCCAUGAUUAGCGAUGGAUGUCAGUGGAGGAAAUAUGGACAAAAAAUGGCCAAGGGUAACCCUUGCCCUCGUGCUUACUAUCGCUGCACUAUGGCUGUAGGAUGCCCAGUCCGCAAACAGGUUCAAAGAAGUGCAGAUGACAAAACAGUGUUGAUAACAAGCUACGAAGGCAAUCACAACCACCCUCUGCCGCCAGCCGCCACCGCCAUGGCAAAUACUACAUCAGCAGCUGCAGCCAUGCUGCUAUCAGGUUCAGCAGCAAGCAAGGAAUCGCUAACAAACUCUGCAGGAUAUUACUCUUCUACAAUUCCCUAUGCUUCAAUGGCAACCCUAUCAGCUUCAGCUCCAUUCCCAACCAUCACUCUCGACUUGACCCAAAACCCCAACAACGCCGCCAUGCAGCUGCACCGAGUACCACCAGGCCAUGGCGGCGCCACGUUCCCUCUGCCACUGCAUGCGGCAGCAUCUGGUGGUCCCCACCUUCUAGGGCACCCCUUGUUCUUCCAACAGAAGCUGCUUCCACCGCAAGCAUUAAUGCCCCUUCUUCAACGACAACCUUCGUCGAUGGUCGAAACGGUGAGUGCAGCCAUUGCUUCUGAUCCGAACUUCACUGCAGCUUUGGCAGCAGCAAUCUCAUCAAUCAUUGGAGUACCAAGAGGAGGCAAUGACGGUAACAACAACAACAGUGGAAGUGGUGCUAUUCCAGGUUCACCGCAGCUUCCUCAAUCAUGCACUACUUUCUCCACCAACUAGCUGAAUUUUGAGAAACUAUAUACUUAAUUUCUCUAUGUAUAUACACAAAUUAAAAGAGAAGAUUAGGCAUGCUCGCGCUUAAUUUACUGUUUUUUUAUUUUCUUAUAUGUAAAACAGAUUAAGAGUCACCUCUGAUUCUGAAUGCAUGACUCUAUAAACAAAUCGUUUGAACCUUACCUUCGACCUGCAGGAGCAUGCAUGUAAGUAAGUUGAUCCUUUUGGUACAAACUUUUGAAAGUUUGUAGAAAUAAUAGUCUGGAUAUAACUUAGGUUAUAUACGUCACAGAUUUGUAAUUUAA